UCUACUACACACACUGUCAUACAGCACUCUAAUGUUGCUCUGCAGGAAGUUUUAGAUGAACACAAGGCCAGUCUGAGGAGGAGAUUUGAAUGUGUGACUGAAGGGAGUGAUGAAACAGGAAGUAGAACCCUACUGAACAGGAUCUACACCGAGCUCUACAUCACAGAUGGGCAGAAUGAGGAGGUUAAUACCCAACAUGAGGUGAGGCAGCUGGAGACUGCUUCUAAAAUCAAGAACUUUCAUGACACUCCAAUCAGGUGUCAAGACAUCUUUAAAGCCUUACCUGAGCAACAUGGAUUUAUCCGAGUGGUUCUGACCAACGGCGUCGCUGGCAUUGGAAAAACCUUCUCGGUGCUGAAGUUCACUCUGGACUGGGCUGAAGGCUUGGAGAACCAAGAUGUGGGCGUGGUGGUUGUGCUUUCGUUCAGGGAACUGAACUUGAUCAGAAAUGAGCAGUACAGUCUUCUCACGCUGCUCCAUGUUUUCCAUCCAACAUUACAGAAGCUCCCAGCAGAGAAGCUGUCUGUCUGUAAACUUCUAUUCAUCUUUGACGGCCUGGAUGAAAGCAAACUCUACCUGGAUUUCUCCAACAGUCAGCUACUUUCUGAUGUGACGCAGAAGUCCUCACUCAAUGUGCUGCUGACAAACCUCAUCAAAGGGAACCUGCUGCCCUCGGCUCUGGUCUGGAUCACUUCCAGACCUGCAGCAGCCAAUCAGAUCGCUCCUUCAUGUGUGGACAGGCUAACAGAAGUACGAGGCUUCACCGAUGCCCAGAAGGAGGAGUACUUCAGGAGGAGGUUCAGUGAUGAAGAGCUGUCUAGCAGGAUCAUCUCUCACAUCAAGACCUCCAGGAACCUCUAUAUCAUGUGUGGAAUCCCAGUUUUCUGCUGGAUCACUGCUACAGUUCUGGACCACAUGUUGACUACAGAGCAGAGAGGAGAGCUGCCCAAGACCAUGACUGACAUGUACUCACAUUUCCUGCUGGUUCAGACAAACAGGAAGAAGAAGAAGUACCAUGAAGGACCUGAGACCAGUCCACAGGAGCUGACAGAGGCUGACAGGAACAUCCUUCUGAAGCUGGGGAGGCUGGCGUUUGAACAUCUGGAGGAAGGAAACAUCAUGUUCUACCAAGAAGACCUGGAGCAGUGUGGUCUUGAUGUCACAGAAGCUUCGCUGUACUCAGGAGUUUGUACAGAGAUCUUCAGAAGAGAGUGUGUGAUCUUCCAGCAACCAGUCUAUUGCUUUGUUCAUCUGAGCGUUCAGGAGUUCCUGGCUGCCGUCUACAUGUUCCACUGUUUCACCAACAAGAACAGGGAGGUGAUGAAGAGGUUUCUGGGAAAUGUAAUUUUCAAAGCUGAUCAACACAGGUCUCUUAAUGUUUUCUUGUACAGAGUUUUGGAAAAGUCCCUGAGAAGUAAAACAGGCCACCUAGACCUGUUUGUUUGCUUUCUUCAUGGCCUCUCUGUGGAGUCUAACCAGAAACUUUUAGAAGGCCUGCUGGGUCAGACAGAGAACCAUACAGAAACCAUCAAGAGAGUCAUCAAGAACCUCAAGAAGGUGAACAGUUUUGGUACUUCUCCAGACAGAUGCAUCAACAUCUUCCAGUGUCUGAUGGAGCUGAACGACCUCUCAGUUCAUCACGAGAUCCAAGAGUUUCUGAAGUCAAAGAACACAUCAGGAAAAGUCCUCUCUGAGAUCCAGUGCUCAGCUCUGGCCUACAUG